AGUGGGCAAAUGCAAUAUGGAGAUUGUGAGAACUGGGAACAUGAAGUCUGGAGGACCAGAGAGUAGCUGAGACAGGGAUGGGGGUUAGUGGGAGGCAACCACCCGAUUUGGGUGGGAUGUCAGUGGGGCUGUUUCUAGCUCUGGGGGCGUGGUUUAUGGCUGGGCGGAGCUUUUGGCUUGGGCGGGGCCAGCUUGCGGGCCAGACGUGGCGCAGCGGCCGAGUUUGGGUGCAGCCUGCGGAACGUCUCCUGCCAGGCACAGAUGAGCAUCCUACUGUCGCCGCCGUCGCUGCUGCUGCUUCUUGCAGCCCUUGUGGCUCCAGCCACCUCCACCACCAACUACCGACCGGAUUGGAACCGUCUUCGAGGCCUGGCCAGGGGGCGGGUGGAGACCUGUGGAGGAUGACAGUUGAAUCGCCUAAAGGAGGUGAAGGCCUUUGUCACCGAGGACAUUCAACUGUACCACAACCUGGUGAUGAAGCACCUCCCUGGGGCAGACCCCGAACUCGUGCUGUUAAGCCGAAAUUACCAGGAACUAGAGCGAAUCCCACUCAGCCAAAUGACCCGGGACGAGAUCAAUGCGCUGGUACAGGAGCUCGGCUUCUACCGCAAGUCGGCGCCGGAAGCUCAGGUGCCCCCCGAGUACCUGUGGGCGCCCGCUAAGCCCCCCGAGGAAGCUUCAGAACACGACGACCUGUAGCCCCGAGCCACAGUGGAGCUGGGACCCCCCCCUGCCAGCGCCCCGGAGACAGAAUGAAGCGCUCAGUAUCCCGGGAGCAUCUCCCUUGCUGAGGGCCGACGCCAGUCUCCAAAGCAACGGAAAUGGGGUGUGUGGGGGGAAUCUCAAUCCUCCCUUUCCUCUCCCCAGCUCUACUAAAUCUUCUUCCUUCA